GGACUCCACAGGGAGGCUGGCAGGCUGCAGAGCGGGUGUGUGCACCACGGGGCCAUGGAACCGCCCGCAGGGCCGGUGCUCUACCAAAAGCUGCUUCUCUGGGACCCCAGCUUGGGGUCUGAGGACGACGAGGAGGAGGAGACAUCAGAGCUGGUCGCUCCUGACACCCGGAGGCCCCACGACUCCUUGGGGAACAAGUUUGGCGGGCUGCCCGGGGUCUGGGCCCGCCUCGGGGCCGCCCUGCUGCUGCUGGCCGUUGCCUUCUCCCUGGCCGCGAGGCAGCUCUACACCGGGGGUGACCCUACGGCAAGCCUGGGCUCAGCAGCCGCCCGGCCCGGCGGGCACCCCCACCACCCCGGCGUGUACCACCACAGUGCCAUCGUCAGCCCUGCAGGUCAGAGCUGGGGGGCUGCUCCAGGGAGGGGAGGGCCCGGGGCCCUGGCCCCUGGCCACUCCCCAAACAGUGUCUUCCUGGCUGUAGCCACCUGCUCCCACCUGGGCCGAGAGCUGCUUGCCGCGGGCGGCAACGUCGUGGACGCAGGAGUGGGAGGAGCUUUGUGUCUGGCCGUGGUGCACCCCCAUGCCACAGGUCUAGGUGCCAUGUUCUGGGGUCUCUUCUACAACAGCACCUCGCGCAGUUCAACUGCCCUGACGUCCGGCCCGGCCCAGACCCUGGGCCCCGGCCUGGGGCUGCCGACCGCUCUGUCCACCCUGCACUUGCUGCACACGCACUUUGGCCACCUGCCCUGGCCGCGACUGCUGGUGGGCCCCGCCACGCUGGCUCGAGAGGGCUUCCUGGUGGACACAGCCCUGGCCGCGGCUCUGGCAGCCCGGGGCACAAAGGGCCUCUGUCCACUACUGUGCCACGCCGAUGGGACGCCCCUGGGCCCCGGGGCCCGAGCCACCAACCCCAAACUGGCAGCUGUCCUGCUCAGAGCAGCCCUUGCCCCCACCCCAGACCUUGCUGGGGACGCCCUGCUGAGCCUGCUGGUCAGAGACCUGGGGCUGCAGGGGCCCUCAUCGGGGCCCACGCCCGCCCUGGAGGCUGCACUGCAGCUAGCCGUGCCCCAGGGCAUCCUGUCCACCACCCCCAGCCCCUCGGCUGGUCCAGAGCUGCUGACAGUGCUGGAGGCAGCCCUGCGCUCCGGAGGGCCCAGCCCCGACCCCUGCCCAGCGCCCCUGCAAGCUCCCGUGACCCCUGUGGGCAGUGUCCUGGCCACCAUAGACAGCAGUGGCUCUGUGCUCCUCCUCGCCUCCUCACUCAACAGCUCCUUUGGCUCCGGACACCUGUCCCCGAGCACUGGGGUGCUACUUAGCAACCUGGUGGCCAAGCCAACAGCCAGUGCCUGGGCCUGCCCUCUCAUCCUCCAUGGCAGUGCGGAUGACACAGAGGCUGAUGUGUUGGGGCUGGUGGCUUCGGGAACCCCGGCAGUGGCCAGAGUCAUGACUCAUGCCUUGCUCAGUCACCUGGCUGUGCCCCAAACCCAGGCCCAGCCCCAGCAUCAGCAGGGACCGACACCGAGCACUAGUGUUUGUGGCCAAGGGAUCCUGCUCCAGGUGGCUGCUCAGGCAGAGCACGCCCACGUCUCCAGUGUCCCCAGUAGCUGCUGCACCUUCCAGGGGUUCUAA